CUAACUUAUUGUUUUAAUUUUUUAUCUUGACAGGAAUGUGGAAUAUUCUAUAGUUCAAUUCGUACGAUUUGCCCACGCACUUAUUGACUGUACGCCGUGAACUUUCUUCUGAUUGGCUUUGUCGAAUGUUGGUUAAAAUACCAAUGCGUUGUGAACGAGGAAUAUACAUACGUACUUCGUUUCGUUUAUUUGAAGGGGUCGCCUCGAUCGCGGUAAUGUCGGCUAGUCGACGAUAGCAAUCAUGGAGGUGGUGGGAGUGUCAAGAUUAAGGGGUGUGACAGUUUGUUGGGGGGAGUGUUAAAAUGUAUAUUUUAUUGUGUUUGUGUGGUGCUAAUUCGCGAAUUAUCAUCGAACGCAUGUAGAAUUUGCAAUGAAUAAUAUAUCGGUUUUGAUGUGAUCUAUUGCUAUAUGCCGGAAAAUGGCUUUGACUGCUUUACCCAAUAACCCAAUGAACUUCACCGAAAACCAACACGGGAAUGCAAUUUUAGAAAAACUUAAACAACAGAAGGAACAAGGAAGAUUCUGUGAUGUUACUUUGUAUAUAGAUGGAAAGAAAUAUAAAGCCCAUAGAAAUGUAUUAGCAUCCUGUUCUCCAUAUUUUGAUUCAGUGUUGAAAAUGCACAAGACUGUAAAAGAAGGUUUGACAAUUACCUGUCAAAAUCCUGAAGUGUUCCAUUGUCUUUUAAACUACAUGUAUACAGGCUCCAUUGUGAUAGACAAGAAUAAUGUGGCUGAAUUGUUGAGACUUGCUAAUCAUUUUCUUGUUGCAAAGCUCAGGAACUACUGUGCAGAGUACUUGGAUAGGUAUCUAGACAUAACAAAUUGUCUCUCUGUAAGAGAGAUGGCUGAAAAAUAUAAUAUGCCUUCACUAAUGAAAGCAGCAACUCUAUUCAUACAAGUUAAUGUAACUAAAGUUAUAUUCCAAGAGGAAAUCCUUUACUGCCCAUUACGAAAAAUAGAAGCAUUUCUAUCGGAAAAGUCAUGGUCUGUGCCCCACAGCAUGCUUUUGGGCCUUAUUGCUCGUUGGGUUAUGCAGGAUGUUAAUGUUAGGGAGCGUAGCAUGAGAGCGUUAUUGACAUUUGUUGACUGGCAUGCUGUGGAUGGAAAUGCUAUUACUGAGCAUAUUGAUAGAGAACCCUUAUAUUCAACGAGUGAACUGUCCCUGUAUUUUGUUCUACAGUCCCUUAUGGAAAAUAAUCUUCUGUUCACUAAAUAUCAAGGGAGUAAGAAUAAUGGAAUGUUACUGGAAAACGACUCCUUUUUGAAUGUGGCUGUAUCAUCAGCAAUAGAAGGUUUACAAGAUGUUACAGAUGAUUCAAAUGCUCUUCAGACACCUUCAGAUAAGUCAAAGCAACAAAUGUCUGAUAACAUGGAUAAGUGCUGCUCCAUGUCAGAUAAUUCUAUGACUGUUAAAAGUAAAUUAGUAUUAACUCGUUGUCGACGCUAUAAGCAAAAAGUUAUUGGUGUACGGCCUGGUGCUAGAUUGGCAGCUUUAAAAGCUGCAUUGGCUGCUCGACGAAAAAAAUUAGUGAAGAUUCCAAACAAUUCAGUCCAUAAUGAUAUUCAGGGACGGCAUUCGUGUCAUCUUUGUUCUCAUAUGGCUCAUAGCUUGUGCCUUCUAGAGGAGCAUUUAGCUCUUGCUCACUCUAAGGAUGUCACAUAUAAGUGUGGUAUGUGUGGUUUCAUAUGUCAAUGGAAUAAAGAUUACUUAAGUCAUAUGAAAGAACACUUCGAAGGACCACCAUUUAAAUGUGAUUCUUGUAAAUUCACAUGUGAUCAUAUAAAUGCUCUUCUUGCCCAUCGUUUGAAACACUCAGGCGAUCAGCCCUACCAUUGUGAUGAAUGUGGAUAUCAAUGUUCGUCUCGUUCAGAUUUGAUGAUUCAUAAACAAUGUCAUUCAAACGGCCGACACUCUUAUAAAUGUGAUACUUGUGGGAAACAUUUCACCUUUAAAUCAUCUCUUGAGCAACAUUUGUUGACCCAUGGCAACGACAGGCCAUACCUGUGUGAUACCUGUGGUUUUUCAACUAAACAUCUUAGUCUACUUAUCGCUCACAAGCGGAUUCAUUCAGGGGAAAGGGAGCCUAAGCCCUCAUGUUUGCAGCAUUUAACCAGCCAAGCUUGUGGUGUUGUGACAGCUUCUACUACAAUAGAAUGA